AUGGCGGAUAAUGCAGGACGCGAUCCAGUGCCGGAUAAUAUCAGCGAGUUGUCUAGCUUUUCGGAUUCUAGUGAUGAAGGAAAGAAGGUAGUAGAAGUAGUGGAAGUAGCCGAGGAAGAAGCAGAUAAACCGGCAUAUAGCGAUGAAGAUUUUGAAACGCUCCUAGGAUUCUUCCGUAAUAUGAUCUAUCUUUUUGACUACGACGAAAACGAUUUCAAUGACGAAGUGGCGGAAGUUAUCAAACUGUGGCUGACCGAUGUCGAUAACCCUUUGCUAUUCAUUUUCUACGAUGGGGACCUGCUUUCCGCUUCGCUUACCUUUCCGACGUGUGCUUUCAAUGACAUCAUGUACUUCAUGCGAGAACCCGAUCAACUUUUCAAUGUAAUCGAACGAUUCCACGAUGAUCUAAUGUUUGGAACAUUACACAACGAUAUUGAAGGAUCAUUACUGGUACUGCUAGAACAGGUGUAUGGACCACUUAUUCUAUCUAAUACUGAGUGGUCGGAAAACGUGAAAGCCCAUGUAGUAGCAGGAUACAAUACAUUCAUGACCUAUUUAACCGAUAUUCAUUACAAGUUGUCCGGCUUUACUCUUCUCUAUGUACCCCGUGAGGGCUCAAAUAUGGAAGUUCAAGAAGUUGUCCUUAAUCGAACACUAAUCAAGCGCCUAGAAGCGGUGGUAAUCGAUUGGACCAGUCAAAUUCGAUCUACCAUCAACGACACACAACAUUUCGUUCCCAAUGACCUUAUCUGUCCGUCAGAUGAGUACAGCUUUUGGUUAUACCGUCACGAAAUACUAUCUGCGAUUCAGAGUCAAUUCAGAAGUGCCAACAUACAACACAUCUUGAAAAUUCUGGACCUGUCCCAGUCGCUUUACACCAAACCUUUACGAGAAGUUUUGGACGAUCUUAUGAAAGAAAUUGAAAUGGCUGAAUCCAACAUUCCUUUCCUGAAGCUGCUGGUUGAUCCAUGUUUCGCCAUUCGCUCUCUAGACAAUGAGGAUGACCUUUGUUCGCAGCUCAUAUAUGUUAUGAACAUUAUCCGUUUCAUAGGAUUAGACUCAUCUCACCUUCGUCAAGAUGAGUCCAUCACAAAGCUGUUCCUAUACUUAAGCAACGAAAUUGUUUCCUGUUGCAUGCAAAGCAUCGAUAUUGAUAAGAUUCUUUCUGGAUCUCCCGAUUAUGGCAUAGACAUUUGUAACAUCAAAAUUAACUGUUGUGAAUCGUACAAAAUUAUCUACGAGGAGAUGCUCGAACAUUUCAAGCGUGACUUCACGUGGAAAUUAGAUUAUGCUGGUAUUUUCAAUAGAGUCGACUCCUUCAUGCAAAGACUGUAUGAUACAUUGGAUAUCUGCAACGCGAUGAAAAUAUUUGGAAAAAACAGCGGUAGUAGCUCUUAUAAAAAUUAUCAGUUCUCAUGCAACAAUGCGGCAAUGUAUGAAGAUAAGUGCAAUCAGGUACAAGAAAUCUUCACAGCAGGCAUUGAAAGAAUCCAGUCAGUAUCGGGAUCGAUCCUGGAUAUCAACAACAAAGAAUGGUACAACUAUAUUGCGAAUUUUCGUGAAAUGUUGAAAAAUCUUGACGACAUCGUUGAAAACUUACUAUCAAACGUUUUUCUUGUGGCCGAAAAUUUGGAGGAGAAAAUCAAUGUGCUCAUAACUCUGCUUAAUUUUUACAAAAGAGAAAACAUCAAAGAAAGCUAUAUGAGGAAAAUUUCGGAAAUUUGGCAUACUUUUAAAGAAGAGCUUACCACACUUUCAAAAACUGUUUCAUCCGGGAUAAACCAUUACCCAACAUUAUUUCCCCGAAAGUCGGGACAAUAUGCAUUGCUUAAAAUUAAAUUCGAACGAAUUUGUCGCCUCAACGAUUUAUUAGAACGCUGUCGAUUUUUGCCUCAAUACAGCGAAAGUGAUGACAUUCUCACACUGUUUGAAUCAUGCGAAAAGCAAGUGAAGAUAGCACUCAAAACAUAUAACGACAGCUGGAUCAAAUCAAUAAGCCCUGAUCUUGGUGCGUGGUACCAUAGGAAUCUCAUCUGCCGCAGUCAAGUGCGUCCUGGUUUAUUAGAAUGCCACAUUGAAAGACGCAUGCUUGUGAUAUUUGAAGAAUCUUAUUAUUUUAAAGUAUCAGGAGCCACGGUACCGAGUUUUAUCGAUAUGGAAAAAAAUGAUAACGUAAAAUUAACAUUCGACAAUGUGAUCCGAAUCAUUUUAUACUUCAACAACGUGGUGUCAUCUAUCUCUGACAAAGAGCGCUUGUUUUUCAAACCUUUGAUUCAACAAACUGAGAGGAAACUAGAACCACUGCGAGGAAAGCUUACAUGGGAGGAAGAUCUCAGUGAGUUUAUUGACAAUUUCGUCGUCAACGUCAAGGAGCUGUUGGAUGUAAUUCAAGUGUACAAGAAAGAAAACAUCAAGAUUGCUCACUGGAUGGAAAGUAUAUACAAUUUGCUUCUGUUCAAACUGAAGCAUGAACAUGCCCAGCAACUAGUUGAUUUCACGAAUGACAUAAAAACGCAGAAAAAAGCAUCAAUUUCGGAGUUGGUUCGAGUCUAUUCAGAGACAAGUAAGCACAUUUUCUGUAUUUAUGAGAAUCUAGGAUCAAACCUCAGAAGAAUGGGAGACAGCUGGGCACAGUAUGUCCAAAAAAUCGACCAUCUUUUGAAAGCUGCCGUGUUUAAUUCUUCACUGAACACACUGGAUAACAUUCGCACAACUUUGCAAAGGGAGUCAACUCCAAUCUUGAGCAUUGAAUUAAUGUUGAACAAACAAGGUAUAGCAUACCAACCUCCACUGGAAUCAAUUGAGACGGCAUUAAAACGUUUGCCCACUGAAGUCACAUCUAUUAUAAAAUUCAUUCCUAGCAUGUGUCAGCGGUUCCAAAUUGAUUCUGAUUUCAAUCUUUACGACGAAUUCCUACAAGAUAGUAGAUUUCAACAAGUUGAAACCAACAUCCAUGGAGAAAUUUCCAACUCUUUGGAGGAACUUCAUACCUUCAGAGAGAAGUGGAAUGUGUUUCGUCCGUUUUGGAGCAUCAAUCGACAAGUUUUCAUUGAAAAGUUCAAGCUAUCAAAUAUGACUUCAGAAGCAUUCCAGAAGAAUAUUGAAAAAUUUGAGGAACUUCUAAAUCAACUAACUACACAGCAAGAUUCAACAAUUUGCAAAUGCGUGGAAGUAGAUGCUUUGAAGCUUAAAUAUGCCAUUACUAAUCAUAUUAAUGACUGGCAAGUGAAGUACAUUGAAUAUUUGAAGUGUGUAUCAUACGGGCGUAUAAUUGAGUUUCAUAAUAAAUUAAACCACAACAUGGAUGCUCUGAGUGUCGAGCCAGUAGAAGUUAAGGAUCUGAAAGUGCUUGAGGAAACCUAUCAAAGCUGCUUCGACAACAUACCAGAUUCAAUAGACGAGAUUCAGACUAUUAUAAAGUACUUCAAUGUAUUGGAAGCGUGUGUGCAAGAUUUGCUUCCGGAGGCAUACAACCUGCGACGAAACAUUCAUCAAAAUUGGCAGCGGUACACGGAAUAUUUGAACAUAGUAAAGGAGCAAAUAGAAAAUUACCAAAAUCAGUUUAAGCUAUCAAUGGCAAAUAAUGCAGCGGACCUUAAAGUCAAUGCACUAGAAAUGCUGAAAAUGCUGGACGAAGAAAUGCCUACCAGUGAAGAGAUCAUGCCGGAAGAGGCAUUUUCUGUAAUCGAGCAUCUAAUCCAUAGGUUGGAGCAACUGGAAGCUCAAGAAAAAGACAUUAAAGAAAAGCUUGCGUUACUUGGUGUUGAAUAUCAUUCACUGGAUGUUAUUGUCGACAUUCGACGGAAAUUAGAAGGCAUGAAGCUUAUUUGGCAAUUUGUGAAACAAUGGCAAGAUACCAAGCAACUUGUAUUUAGCGAGCAAUACGGUACAAUGAAGAUUGAAGAAAUUGAAAACAAAAUAGGCUUCAUCGAUUGCCAUUUUCUGAAUUUAAACGAUACGCUGACUCAAGAUAUGGAAUACCCUAUUUUCAAAGCAGUAAAAUUGGAAGUACAAAACUUUCACAUAACAUUUUCAAUGAUGGUACACAUGAGAUCAUCACAUAUGAAGGAACGUCACUGGAGAGCAGUGGAGGAAAUGACUAAUCUCGAUUUCAAGUAUAUUGAAAUAAUAUCUUUUGAAGAAAUGAUUGAUCGAGAACUUUACCGCUACGAAGAAAUGUUAAGUAAGUUGUGUUAUGCAGCUCAAAAGGAGUUUGAAAUUGAAGUGGAGCUUGCUACGGUAGAAAAUGCGGCACUAUCGAUCAGAUUCAAUGUACAACGAUCAUCAAAAGAUACAUUUAAGAUUACGAGUACGGAAAAAUGUUUCUUGAACUUAAAAACAAACAUCACUGUGAUCGAUCGCUUGCUACAGUCACCUUAUAGAAAGCCAUUUCAAGAAAAAAUCAACUGCUGGGAGACGAACCUAAAUUUUUUGAAAGACCUGCUUGAAGCACUUAUAUUAAUCGAAACGCAAUGUAAGCCACUAUACGAAAUUUUCAAGACAACAGAAACUUCCCAAUAUCUCAACGAUUUUAAUCAAACGUUCAAGAUGUGUUACGAAAAAUGGUCAAAUCUACUUGAAUUUAUAACAAGAGCAAGCUUACUAAACGACAUGUGUCCUCAAGCACAAGCGCAUCUGCAAAACGUUGAAAUAUUGCGAAAGAAAUUUGAUGAGCUGGCACAAAAUCUUCAACAACUGUUGGAAAAUCAAAGAAAUCUUUGUUUUCGUCUAUAUUUGGUUCCCGACGUUCUGUUGAUCAAAUUGAUUGCUUUUCCGACUAAUGUUGAAUACAUCCAGCAAAUAUUAUUUUAUACGUUUGAGAACAUCAGAUAUGCCAACAUCAGACAACUUGAUCUGCCCCGAAAAUACAAGAGUUGGGAAAUCGAUGGCAUUCAAACUGUAGAAGGAGAGAACAUAACUUUCAAUAAACCAAUAAUUGUAGAAGCGGUACAAGAUCCCAUUGGUGUCAUAAGAGAAAUAGAAAAAUCAAUAUUCGCAGUGUUGAAGGUUUCCUUACACAAAUGUCUGCUUCAGUUGAAACAAAACUACUUCAAGCGUAUAGAACAUGGAUGGUUUCGCCGUUGGACAUAUCAAGCAUUACUCAAAAGUACACAUAUUGAAAAUACCUUGCAUAUAAGAAACGCUUUGGUUCAAACUAACUUAUUGGGGAAAUUCAAACCGCUCAAAAUGCUGCGAACAAUGCAUAACAAGCUGUUGAACGAGUGGAUGACUUCAAAGCUUAGUACGAUCAACUCAGUAGAAGUUGUGUUGGCUGAAAAAAAGUACGAAAGUUUGCUCAUAGCUGAAAUUAAUACGAGAGAUGUUAUUGAAAACCUGAUCAAAGCAAAAGUGUCCAGUAUAUCCGAUUUUGAAUGGACAUCACAGAUUCGGUCAUACUGGAAUGACGAAACAAAGAGUUGCUCAGUAGUUCAGUUGGCCAGCGUGUUUCCGUAUGGUUAUGAAUGUAAGACAUGUGAUGAACCAAUCUUAGUUACUCCACACUCAAACCGGAUGCUGAUGACAGUAACAAAUAUUGUGAAAUCGAAAUAUGUUCCAUAUCUGAUUGAAUACUAUAGAGACAGUGGUUUUCAACUUCUCAAACAACUGGCAAUGGAGAUUGCUACAUUAUUUGUUACUCUCAGUUGUGACUCCGGCUGGGAGAUUUCUGAUGUAACCAGAUGCAUUAAUGGUAUUAGGAAGCUGCAAGCAUGGAUUUGUUUCAAGAACAUAGAUACAUUAUCUUCCCAAGUUCGAAGUGCAUUAAAUGCAGUUAUACGAGAAGCAUUUGUGGAAAAAUCGAAACAGACAGUAUUAGACUUGAAGAAUACGAAACCAUUAACUCAGUUUCAUAUAUUUGCAACAAUCAACAGUCGUGUCGACCCAUUACCAGAAAUCGAACGUUCUAUUAUGAGACCUAUUUAUUCAACAUUACCGGACCAAAUAAUUUUCAUACAAAACUUGCUCUGCUGUUAUGGCUUCAAACAAUAUCUAAAGCUAGGAUAUUUGAUAAAGUGUUUUCUAGAGUACAUACAAGUACUCAUUUCAUCUCAGUAUUACUUAUGGACACCCAACAGAAUACAAAAUGCAAUACGACGAACCAAAAAUAUAAUUCGCAAGGAAAAAUAUACGGAAACCGAAAUCGUAGCUAUCGCACUGAAGAAUGAAUUUAUUUCAAGCUUAACGGAGAGCCAGGAGCAUUGUUUUACAAACUGCAUAAAUUCCAUAUUUUCCUAUGAAAGACGCAACGAUGAAGCUGAAGCGAAUCUGGCUGAGAAUAUCCUAGCAGCUUUACGGUCCUUAAAUCUAGUGCACUCAAACUACUCAGAGGUUAAAGUAAAGGAAAUACUUUCUGCCUUGGAGAUCAACCGGCAGCUGAUUAUUACCGGUGAAGUUUGCAGUGGGAAAACACACCUUAUCAGUUUAGCAAUGCAAAUACUUUCAAACAAAGGCACAUGUUUCAAGCGGUACUAUGUAAAUCCUAUGACACUCACUAUGCCACACGAUAGAAAGUCAUGGGACAAGGAAGCAUUCGACCAAAUUUUAACAGCUAUUCUAGAAUCAACAACUCAUAAACAAAAAUGUAUCAUAUUAGAUAGCCUCCUGGACGAAUCGUGGCUGGCAAGCAUUGCAUUUGAUCAGAAUUGUAUCAGAAGUGACUCCCUGAAGGUUUUCUGUGAACCAAAAGAUGUCAACAUAAUUAUUGAAACGGUCGACUUACAAUUUGCUACACCUGCAUCGUUAGCGAGCUACACAAUUAUCCACGUCGAUAACAAAAAUGUAACAUGGAGGCAAAUAAUAAGCAUUUGGUUGGAAACUAAGAUAUGGAAUGAAAUUCGCAUCAAGGAUGAAUUGCAGUGCUUGACGGAAAGCUAUUUGGAAAUAUUUUUGAACUUCAAAAAUAAGAACUGCUCCCAGACUCUUCCACAUACCAACGCAUCUAUUAUUCACACAUUUUGUGAAUUAUUCCAAAAUAUAUUCUCCACGUGGAGUGAAGAAAAAAUUCUCAAAGAUGAAUUGAAUCUAAUGGAUGCUAUCAGAAAAUUAUUUUUCUUCUGCUCCGUAUGGUCUGUUGGAGGAAUGAUGAAUGAAACGGAGCGGCUGAAAUAUGACGUUUUAUUGCGAGAACAAGUUUCAGACAGUACAGCAAGCUUUCCGCUAAAGGGUAAUGUCUUCCAAUACUUUAUAUUAAUCACCAAUACUACAUCGAGCUGGAUACCGUGGAAUGAUCAUUACGUAAAACAUUCAAACAAAAAUGUAGCUUCAAGCAAUUUUGUAUACACAUCGGAGAAUAUGCCUUACCAUUUUGUUUCGUCGAUAUUAAUGAAGAGCCACAAACCGUUGUUGAUAACUAGCAACACAACAGUAGGAAAAAGCGCACUAAUUCAAAAUAUUCUAACAAAUACAAAUGGAGAUGAACAAAAUGUUUGUUAUAGUAACUUUACGGACCAGACAUCAGUUCAUUCCUUAAGGCGUAUUCUGGCACACCAUUCCAUAAAAAUAUCGCAAGAAAUUUUGUAUCCCAAAGAACGGAAAAACCUAGUAUGGUUCAUCGACGAUUUACAUAACGUUGCUGAUCUGCAAACAGUGGACGCAUGUGAAUUUUUAAGGCAUUUAAUUGAACAUCGAUCAUGGCAUGAACACAAUCAUCCACAAUGUCUCAAGCAAACUUCAAUUGUUGCAGCUAUGAGGAAUAGGAUUUCAUUGCAUCAAUGCGGAACAUCUUUUGCACGGCUUCUUAACCAAUUCCAUAUAAUAAAUCAUGAGAACUAUAACGACGAAAAUGCUGCAUCAAUAUUUAACAGAAAAAUUAAGUCCAUCACACAGAUUGAUGUUACAAGAACAAUUUUAAGCUCACUACCGUCAGCAACCAUAGAUUUGAUUAGAAAACUGUCAGCACGCUUGCCACCUACACCAGUAAAGCCAAGAUAUCAAUUUUCUUUGAAAACCAUCUCUAGAAUUUUGGAAAAGUGUUGCUUAUUGAGUCAAAAAACAAACUUGGCUGAUUCAAGUAAUUUUCUCAGGCUGUGGAUACAUGAAUGUUACCGAGAAACAUGGGAUCUGCUUGAUAAAACGGAUUACAAAAUAUUCUACGAUGUUUUCAACGACACAAUUUCAAGGUUUUUCGAUGCAACUCUACAUGGAUUGUGUCCAGGAAAUGAAAGCCCUAUUUUUUGCGAUAUAUUGUGUCAAGACUCAUCGUAUCAGGAUGUAACUGAUGUCAAUAUUUUAGCGCAACAUAUAGAAACUACUGUAGAUCCCAACUCCUCUCUGAUUGUCCAUCAUGAAGCCGUAAAACAUGCAUCCAAAGUAUUGAGAAUCCUAAAAACUGCUGCUGCUCACAUAGUUUUAGUGGGUACUAUAGGCAGCGGUCGUGAAACGAUUUGCCAGAUAGCGGCAUGUGCCUCGAAAAAUACUACAAUACAAAUGCUUGACAUGCAACCAGAUGACGACGAAGAAGUUGUGGAUUCUAAAGUGUUCAAUCUAUUCGAAUGCUGCAAGACAAACCCGACGAUGUGCGUUGUAAGGAUUGAUCAAUACAACGCAAUAAACAUCCACCUGAUGGAUAUUCUGAACAGCAUUAUUGUGAAUGACACCGUUGCAGGCUACUACCCAUGCUCUAGGAACAGUUGUAUCACUUUGGAGGAGAGCUCAUGGAAUCAAAUUAAAUUAAAUUUACACAUUGUACUGAUAGUGCCUAUGGAAAAAUAUCAGUACUGGAAAAUAUACAAUACCUAUUCUUCGAUGCUGUCUAAAACCACAACAAACUGCGUCCAUUCAAUGUCGGAGAAAAGUUUAAGUGAGAUCUCAGGAUGCUUUCUAUUAAAAAAUGUUGUAUUCGAUGUUCCUUUACUUGAUAAAUCUAAAUCGCAUCAUCAACGAAAACGGGAGAGCUUGAUACAAAGCACCGAAGAGCGAAUGCAUAUUGCUGUAUCUGAUGCAGUAUCAAGAAUUCAUUCGGCAGUAGCCUACGAGUUGAGAAACUCAACUGAAAAUUUAAAAGCGCUGGAUUGUUGGUAUUUUGAGCUUCUUCAUACCAUCAAAAGAUUUUUUUACUCAAAACGAGAAUGCUUAUCCAAUAUCUACAAUAAAUAUCACAAUGGUAUACAUCAAAUCCAAGAAGCAACGCACAAUGUUGCAAAACUUAAGAUAGACCUGGAGAAACAACAAGAGCAAAUAGCUUUAUAUCAACACGAACUUGACGAAUUCAUUGACAAUAUUCAAGUCCAAACUGCAAAUGCUGACCUACAAAAUCAAGAAGUGGCCAUCAAGCGGGAAACAAUUGGUGCGGAAGAAAUAAUAUGCAAAGAACUAGCAACUAUUGCUGAAGCUGAUUUAGAAAAGGCAAUGCCAGCAUUGAACGCUGCGAUCGCCGCACUUGAUUCAUUAAAUAAGAAAGAUAUGAAUGAGAUCAAGUCUUACAGUCGACCGCCAGUGAAAGUGGAGCUGGUAUUGAAUGCAGUCAUGAUUCUAUUAGGAAAGGAGCCAACAUGGGUAGAAGCCAAACGCCAAUUGGGAGAACAGAAAUUUUUAGAUAUUUUGCGAAACUUUGAUAAAAACAACAUGGGUGAAAAAACGCUCAAAACAAUUGGUGGUUAUGUGCGGAAUCCUGACCUCGAGCCAAAUAAAAUAGGAAUGGUUUCAAAAGCAGCCAAAUCUCUCAUGUUGUGGGUGCGAGCUAUAGAGAACUACGGAAAAGUUUACAAAUACGUAGGACCGAAAAUUAGAAAAAUGGAAGACGCCAAAACAUCGUUGCGUGAAAAACAACUGUCAUUACGUGAAGCAGAACUAAAACUCAUUGAACUAGCAGAACAGCUAUCGGCACUCAGAACUGAAUAUGAAAACAAAAUGAAAUGUAAAUUUGAACUUGAAGAUGCUGCACGAAUUAUGAUUUUGAAGUUAGAACGUUCUCAAGCACUAGUUGACGGACUGAGUGGUGAAAAAAUAAGAUGGACAAACACAGCUCAAGACCUAAAAACAAAAUAUUCUCACCUUAUUGGAGACACAUUAAUGGCAGCUGCAUCCCUUGUGUACUUUGGAACGUUACCAUGCACUGCGAGAGAAUCGCUCAGAAGUCAAUGGAAAGUCGAUCUUGAAGCUUUGGAGCUAACAUUUACGGAUAAUUUUUCAACAUUUGCCUUUUUCUACUCUACCGAUGAUUUGCAAACAUGGCAAUCCCUUGGACUACCCGAUGACGAGUUAACAGUAGAAAACGCAUCAAUACUUCUCAACAGUAAUGUUCGAGUUCCAUUAGUUGUUGACCCACAAGGAGAAAUUCAACGCUGGAUUAUAAAGUUACGCGGAAUGACAAAAUCUGUUCGUUACAAUCUUGACGAAGAUAUUACACAGCAUCAAAUUGAAGCUGAUGUUUAUGAACAAAAACAUCUUCUUGUACACAGUGUGCAGGAAACAAAUUUGCAUCACUUUGAUCAAUUGGAAAAAAUAUACCGAAAAUCACUGCAGAAACUAGAUAGGAGUCAAUGGAGCUAUUCUCUCAUCGGAACAACUUCUGAAAAUGUUCCAUAUAUUGGUAAAUUGAAGAAAACCGCAAACAUGAUCAACUUUAUUCUUGGAAAAUCUGGAUUGGAAGUCAAACUUCUAGCAACCGUUAUUGAGCAUGAGAACCCUUUCUUGGAAGAUCGUAAGGCAUUACUAAUUGAAACAAUCACAUCAAGCAAAGCAACGUUAGCAAAAUUGGAGGAUAAUAUCUUGCGAAUAUUGAAUGAAAGUCAAGUACCUUUGAUAGACAAUGAAGAACUAAUUGAAUCAUUGGAGUCCUCUAAACAGACAGCAGAAAGUGUAAAAAUAGUUUUAGAGCAUGCUGCAUCAACAAAAUAUGACAUUGAAAUUUCCCGUGAAACGUAUAGCCCGUGUGCUGCAAGAGCUUCCUUAUUAUUUUUCGUACUUGAAGACCUUAAGUGCAUGGAUCCAACGUAUCGGUUUUCACUUGACUGGUACAUUGCCUUGUUUCAUGAAUCUUUAGAAAAAAGCGGAAAAACUCAGAACAUAGAAGAACGCAAGGUGAAAAUCAUUGAUCAUCAUACAUUCAAUGUUUCUCGGAAUGUUUGCUUAGCGCUGAGUUUUCCAGAUCAGGUCAUUUUUACUUUCUAUCUAUGUGUACGACUUUUGUAUGAUGCUGAGACAAUGAGCGUGAGAGCAUUCAACUUUUUCGUACAUGGAGCUGACAAAAUUGAUCGACAUGAGCAAACAGAAAAUCCUAGUCCAGACUGGAUAAAUUCCGACCAAUGGGAUAAUCUCACUGAACUGGAUAAACUUCCAGGCUUCCGUGGAAUCACACAAUCAUUUGAAGAACACAACGAUGCCUGGAAAUUAUGGUGUUCAUCACCACAUCCAGAAAAUGAAAGCCUUCCGGAAAAUUGGGAACGUAAUCUUACCCUUUUUCAAAAAUACACAUUGGUUCGUAGUGUAAGACUCGAUAGGCUGGAACCAUGCAUGAAGAAUUUUGUUGCAAAUAAUCUUGGAAAGGAAUUUCUUGAUUUUAACCGAAGCACUUUAAAUGACAUAUUAGAAAAAUCAACGCCAGCCAUACCCAUAAUGCUGAUUUCAAGUGACAAUUACAACCCGUUACAAGAGGUUCACAAUUUUUCGAAGUUUUAUAAGAAAAAGUCCCACAAAAUCGUUCAAUAUGUGAACAUGAGUACAGAACCUAUGGAAAGUGUGGUGAAACAUUUGAAAAAAUGUAUACAAACUGAAAAAUGGCUUUACGUUGAUGAAUGUCAAAAAUCAAAAUCAUGGUUGUCGCAAUUUGAUCACAUUCUACAGUACCUAUGCACAGUUAACCCAGAAUCUAAGUUCCGCCUAUGGAUGCACGUGAACAAAGAAGAGAAGCAUUUCCCGGUACACAUACUACAAAAUUGCUUAAAAUAUAUGUGUAAUCCACCAGCGGGCAUCAAGUACAAUAUGAAAUCGAUGUUAGAACAAAUUGGAGAAGAACAAUUUAGAAAAAUAGAAAAAUCCAGGUUUCAUUUGCAACAUAAGAAGUUGAUGUUUACACUGGCAUUCUUCCACUCGCUUCUGAUUGAGAGAAAUAAAUAUCAAAGUUUAGGAUGGAAUAAGCCAUACCAAUUCAAUAUAAUGGAUUUUAAGCUUUCCGAACGAUUAAUUACUUAUUGCUUAGAAGAGUUGAUGGAAUCAAAAUACAAAACUAAUUUGCAAACUCAAGACACCAACCGCAUGCGUCAUUAUGAAGUAGGACAACAAAGCCGUCCUGAAGACUCCAUGCUGUGGCGUUUUAUGAAAAAUGCUGUGCUAGAAGUUGGAUAUGGCUCACAAAUUACAAACACGUGGGACCAACGGAUAUUUAAUACAUACUCCACUGAUAUUUUCCGCCAAGAAUUGAUAGCAACGUCUCAAUGUUCAUUUGUAUCCGAUGAUCAAGCGUAUAAACUACCUCGAGAUGGAAAUUUUACAUCUUACAUAAACUUCAUAACGAACCAACUGCCUCAAGAAGAUAGCAUUAAGGUGCUUGGGCAAAACGAAAAUGCAAACAUCAAAUAUUUGGAAUCACGGUCGGCUUAUGUUCUGCAGAUGCUCCAUCAGGUACAGCUUCAUGCGGAAGCAACACUGUACGAUCAGCAGCGCGGCAUAAUGGAUUAUGAGAAGGCAAAGAAAAUGGUAAUGGAACUGCUAAAGAAACUUCCUGUUUGUUUAGACUACGAUAAUGCUGCAAGAAUUGUGAGUGCAAACAAAACACCUGUUAAUGAAUGCCUGUUGCUGGAAAUAGUCCAAUACAAUGAGAUUAUUGAGUUAGUCAGGGAAAACCUUGAACAACUUAUGUCUAUGAUAUCCGGAGAAAACAGCCUCAGUCAAGUGUUCCUGGAAAUUUUGCUAGAUAUUAAACGAAACAAGGUACCUCAAGCUUGGAUUAAAUAUCUGACAGAUAAACACCUCUCAGACUGGGCAAUUGACAUGAAAAAUCGGAUCGAACAUAUUCGAAAAUGGUCUGAAUCUGGACAACUUUUAACGGAAAUAACAUUAGGAAAUCUACUGAAGCCCACAUUAUUCCUGCACAGUUUCAUAAUGAUGCAUGCGGAAAUCUAUAGCAUUCCGUUGACCGAACUCACGUGGGAUAUAACAGUGCUCUCCACAACAAAACCGAUGCUUCAUAUGGCACCUGCAGAGGGUUUCAUAGCACGAGGAUUAUAUCUUUACAACGGUGGAUGGAAUCUGCAAGACCAAUGUCUCAAACUGCCGCAAAUUUUAAAAAUUGCCAAUCCCAUGCCUCCUAUUUUGUUCAAACCAACUCGUAAAAAGGAUUCAAAUGACAAAUCGUCUUUUAGCUGCCCAUGCUUUUACAACUGUCAGAAGUCAGAUGAUUCGUUCAUAAUGACAAUAGAACUCAAUUCUGGAGACAUCGAAAGGGAAACAUGUAUUAAGAUGAACACUUGUUUAUUAUUAAAUUUAUAA